AUGACGUUUGCAAUUAUUAAAUGCGUUGCAACGGCUCAUGAUAGCCAACUCGCGCCUACAAUGUGUCCCACUAGAUUGUCAACUCCUCACGCCUUGCUUCCACCACCAGCCUUCCAUAACUUUGCAUCGUCAGUCUACAAGCAUUGCUUUAGGCGAAACCCUUCAUUGCGAAAACAAACGUGUUGA